AUGCAAUCCCUGGAUAAUGAAUAUAGAGUUCGAGGCUUUGUCUCGCCAUCUAGUACACCUCCUGGAACUGGCAUGAUGAACAGCAGGACUGUUUCAUCUUCUUCUUCUGUAUCUUCAGACUCUUCUAAUCCCUCAUCUGCAAUGAUGCUUAACUUCUACAAAGGAUCUGUAGAAGACCCAGCUUCUAUCCUAUACAGAAACAAUAUUUGCAAGUCGUUUGAGGAUGAUCUGUUCUUUUGUCCAAGGUCUCUAUUGAGUCCUCAGGAACAGAAGAAGUGCCAAGAGAUAGAUUCUUUGUUUACUUAUCAACAACAUGCAUCCUCGCCAUUACUACCUGCUACACUGCAUGAGCUAAGCAACGUUCCUAUGUCUCCUACAAGCUCCCCAACAGCAUUUAACACUAACCCAAUGAUGAACUUUAACAACAUGACAAAUAAGAGAACUGCAUCCACUGUACAUAGACCUAUGUCUCCACGCUCAGCUAAGUUUAACCCAUACAAGUCUCAAAGCUUCAACCCAAGCGAUAUCCACUAA